AUGCCUUGCCGUACUCCGGUGGGAAUAUUAAACAUUAGGAGCAUUAAUAGUACUGAAUUUUCCGAUUAUGGUUUUUUAAAACGGAAAAGCGGGAAGAAUCGGGUCGGUGUUCUUCAAGACCCAGACACGGCACUUCUCAAUCCUGUCAAUGAUCAAGAUGUCGGGAAAAGCAUUGACUCGGGAUGUAUUCAGGAUUUUUUUCAACAGGAAAACAUCACUGACUGGGACACUCAGUCUUGCCCGCCAUACAACCACAAUUUAUUCCGAUGCGGAUCAAUUCAAUCACGGCUCUUGUUUGGAAGUAGUGAAGAUAUUCCUUUGUAUGAAUUGUCAUCAAGAGGAGACAUAGUAUACACGGAUUUCUUUGAACAAUACUCGACAAAUGAUAACGAUGUUGCAGAGGGAGAGAAUGGUAAUGGAAACGUUAGUACCCCCCACGAAGACGCGACUGACCAGGAUGUAAAGACCGCGACAGAAAUGAAGGCGUGUCUAGAAGAUACUUUGUCUGAUCAACAAUCACGGUUUUGUGAAAAAGAGUCCUUCCAAGAUCAAAACACAGUUGAGUUGGACUGUAUUUCACGAGAAGAAUACAUAUCUAAGGACGAGGAAGACUCCGACAACAAUCAAACCAAAUAUCCACAAAAUGUAAAUAUCUCCGUGUUGGCUGAGGAUAUAAAUGGAGUGGACACAGCUGAGGAUAUAACUGCAUCUGCUUUACUCAGGGAAGGAAAUGAAAGUGCAUUCCAAGAAGUGGCAACCUCUUCUGACGUAGCCGCGAAAGAGAUCAGUGUUGCUUCCACGUUCAAGAACGAAAACGUUCCUGCCGCGGCACAAAUGGAAUAUAGUUUCCAUACUACUGAAAUUGAAAAAGCGCUGGAUACAGCAGAAUGCAGUAACGCUCAGAUGGAAAAUGCGAACACAACUCUUAAAGAUUAUCAAGACGAUAUGCAAUAUAAUGCAGAUAAAAGGGGAAAUGAUCAUACCACAUCCAUGGAAGAAGCUGAUAUAAACACAGCCAAGACAGCAGUAUAUCCACCGAAUACAGAUCCAAACACUCCAGAGAAUUCCCAGGCAUCUUCUGAUACAGAAACAAUGCUGAAAGUAAAGACUUUUCCAAGAACCGUGGGAGAAUCACCUCCUGAUACAGCUAACACCAGAGACCAGAUCCAGCUCAAAGAUGUUUGUUUCAGAAAAGAAUCUAAACUGACAAAGACGCCAAUCAAGAAUACAAAUUUUGGGUUUACAUCGGUUUGGGACAAAGAAACGCAAAACAUACAAGAUGUAUACAAUGCUGAGGCGGAGAUUCCAAAACAAACUGCUGGGCGCCUUGAGGACUUCGUUUGCUUUGGAGCAAGCAGAAGUGAAAUGCUGGAUAACGAAGGACCUAAAACUGGUAUUUAUAUACAUUGCUCUAUAGACCACAUUCAUAGUAGCGAAAAUUGUAAGAAAGGUACGAGGAAAAAGGAAUGUAAUUACGAUGAAGGAACGACCAACAAAAAAGACACCCGAGUGGAUUCACUCAACACAGAAUUAAACGAUUUCGAUGAAACCAUGAUGAACAACUUUCCAGAUGGAGAGGUUGAAACUUUGGAAGGUAGCUUUAUCGACGAUGACACAAGAAUAAUGUCCAUGGUUAUUAAAGUAAAGAAGUCAGAUCAACCUAUACCAAACCAACAAGACAAGACGGACUAUGCUGUUUCGGAUGUCGAUAGAUCGAAGAUCUGUAACGGAAAUAGAAGAGACGUUGCUGCAACCAAAACAUUGGAACAAUGGAAGACCUUGUGUAAAUUUCUUUCAGUCUAUAUAAUUCUGACACGAAAUGGGGCCAAAGCAGCACAGAUUGAUCAGUUACUACAUGACAACAUCGACCUCAACCAAACUCUUCAGGCUUUUGUGAACAUUUUUGGCGAUUAUGCCCCCGCAAUGGCGUAUGUUGUUGGAUUAUACCAAUUAGCACGUCGACAAGGACGGCCGAUUUGUCGAAUGCUUAGGAAUUUAUUCGAAAACCACGGAAAUCUUCCUCCAGCUGGACUUUUAGUCCAUGCAUACGACGCGCACGCCAUACAACCAGGUGGACUUGGAGUAGUUGCGAUAGCCUUGCCCCCUCGGGUCGACGCCAUCCAAAUCCUUCAACCUGGAAGAAGGGCAAACAGGGCUGUGCGAGCGUAUACUCCGAGAGACCCAGUUGGUGACACUAGAUUUUUACGAGUUUUGGAGCCAAGAGUACAAGGAAUUUUACCUAUACAAG